AUAAUAUGAAAAAAUUAGGAUUCUUAUAAAACAUAAUAAAUGCAUCUUAUGUGUUGGUGAAAAGACCACAACUCCACAAAAAGUUACAUAUGUUUUGUUUUUCAGAUUUCACAAAGUUAUCUACUCAUUGAUCAGAGAGGAUUUUUGUGUGUCAAUUUUAAAACAUGUUGAAUGGAAAAGGGGGUCUAAUUGGGUUGUAUUAUAGCUGUAUAGUUAAGUGUGAGACUCCUUGGUUAAUCAUCUUCAGAAGAGUGGAUUUCUGAUGUACCAAACUCCAUGUCUCUCAUUGAAAUUAAAAUUUGAUAUCACAGAUAAACAGCAUUGACAACUAUCCAUGAAACUUUGUAUAUCUUAAUAUCAGCCCUCGAAGCUUCCCCAGGGAACGCAUAAUGACAUCUGCAGUGGUUGACAAUGGGGGUUCUGUUUUGGAGCUUUCCAGCAAUGGAAUAGAAAAUCAAGAGGAAGGUGAACAAGUUUCCAAAUAUCCAGCAGUGAUUGUGGAGCCAGUUCCAAGUGCCAGAUUAGACCAGGGCUAUGCAGCCCAGGUUCUAGUCUAUGAUGAUGAGACUUACAUGAUCCAAGAUGUGGCAGAAGAGCAAGAAGUUGAAACUGAGACUGUGGAAUCAGUUGAAGCAUCAGUUCACAGUAGUAAUGUCCACUGCACAGAUAAGACCAUUGAAGCUGCUGAAGCCUUGCUUCAUAUGGAGUCUCCAACCUGCUUGAGGGAUGCAACAAGUCCUGUGGAAGUCUUUGUUCCUCCUCGUGUGUCUACUCCAGAGUUUAUCCAUGCUGCUAUGAGACCAGAUGUUAUCACAGAGACUGUGGUGGAAGUGUCAACGGAGGAGUCUGAACCUAUGGAUACAUCUCCUGUUCCAACCUCACCAGAUAUCCAUGAACCAAUGAAAAAGAAGAAAGUUGGCCGUAAACCAAAGACCCAACAACCAGCUAUUUCCAAUGGGUCACCUGAGUUAGGCAUCAAGAAAAAACCUAGAGAAGGCAAAGGUAAUACAACAUAUUUGUGGGAGUUCCUUUUAGAUCUCCUUCAGGACAAAAAUACCUGUCCUCGAUAUAUUAAAUGGACGCAGAGAGAAAAGGGGAUAUUCAAGCUUGUGGAUUCCAAAGCUGUAUCCAAGCUAUGGGGAAAGCACAAGAACAAGCCAGACAUGAACUAUGAAACUAUGGGAAGGGCCUUGAGAUACUACUACCAAAGGGGGAUUCUUGCGAAGGUAGAAGGGCAGAGGCUUGUAUAUCAAUUCAAAGAGAUGCCAAAAAAUAUAGUUGUCAUAGAUGAUGACAAAAGUGACACUUGUAAUGAAGACUUAACAGCAACUACUGAUGAAAAAUCAUUGGAAAGAGUUUCAUUAACUGCCGAAAACCUCCUGAAAGCAGCAGCUUCUGUACGUGGAAAGAAUUCCUCUCCUUUAAACUGUACCAGAGCUGAAAAAGCUGUAGCCAGAGUUGUGAACAUCACAUCCCCUGGCCAUGAGGCUUCAAGAUCUCCUUCCUCCACCACCUCUGUUUCAGCAACAUCUGCCCCAAGGACAGUUCGUGUGGCAAUGCAAGUGCCUGUUGUCAUGACCUCUUUGGGACAGAAAAUUUCAACAGUGGCAGUUCAGUCGGUCAAUGCAGGUUCAUCUUUAAUAACCAGCACCAGUCCCACAACAGCAACCACUCCAAAGGUGGUAAUUCAGACAAUCCCUACAGUGAUGCCAGCAUCUACUGAAAAUGGAGAUAAAAUCACAAUGCAGCCUGCCAAAAUCAUCACCAUCCCAGCCACACAACUUGCACAGUGUCAGCUGCAGACAAAGUCAGGCCUGACUGGAUCAGGCAGUAUUAACAUAGUUGGGACUCCAUUGGCUGUAAGAGCCCUCACCCCGGUGUCCAUAGCUCAUGGGACACCUGUAAUGAGACUCUCGGUGCCUGCCCAGCAGGCGUCUAGCCACACGUCCCCCCGAGUCAUCAGUGCGGUGAUCAAGGGGCCAGAGGUUAAAUCAGAUGCUGUGGUUGUAAAGCAGGAGCCUGAAGUGAAGACUUUGCAGCUGGUACAGGAAGAAAAGCCAGCAGAUGGAAGUAAGGCUGUGACCCACGUGGUGGUGGUCAGUGCUCCCUCCACCAUUGCUCUUCCGCUAACAGUGAGACCAGAAGGCACAGUGACAUGUGAGAAGUGAGGCAGCGCCCAACUGCCUGGCAGAGGAAGCACAGACAGGGAUGGGACAGCAUCAAGAGCAUGCAGGGAGACUUGACAACAUUUUUAAUGCAUAUGAGAAAGCAAUCACAGACUUACUGGAAAUAAAUUACCUUUAUCCCAUGUUUAAGUGGGACAUGAACUGUAUACACAUUGAGAUGCUGACAGAAAACUGCCUCUUACAGCAACAUAUAAAUAUAAAAAAGGGACCAAGCUGUUCACUACAUUAUCAAGUUACACUAAGACUUGGAACACUAAAAAGAAUUCUGUAAGAGGUGAUCUUUUAAGUUAGGGGAGGUGGGGGGAUAGGGAAGGAUGGUCUCAUUGUUACAAAUAGAAAAUUUUGAUGCAUUUUUUUAAUGCAUACCAGCAAUUAUUACUGUGUGAACACAGUACUCACUUAACUGGUGCUAUGUGAAGACUCUGCUAAUAUAGGUAUUUUAGAAUGUGAAUUGAAGAAUGGAUCCAAAAGCUUCUGAAAGAGGACAACGAAGAAAAGAGACCUAGUGGAAUUUUUGUAUCAUAUAGCUUAAGCUGAUUUAAAACAAAAGCCUUAGACUGAUUUUCAGUUUUCUUUCUUGAAAUAAGCUAAUGGCUUGUUUGUGUAAAGCUUUUUUUAUUAAAAGAAAAAUUUUAAAAAUCUUGUACCUAGCACAGUAUUGUUAUAGAAUUUACAUGUAACAUAUUUUGUAUGGUAGUUUUAAGUCUGUCGCUUUCUUUAAUUGUGGACAUAGUAGCAGCUGGCUUUGGCCUUUGCUGACACAUGCCUGUGCCGCUCACCCAGCCUUGGCAUCUGUGCAUACAUUUCAGUCUUGGCUCUACUCUUUCACUAGAAAGUUCACGCUCAGCAUGAAUUUUUGUCAGGUAGUUUUAAACCUGUAUUUCUUUCUUUUUCUUUUUCUUUUUUUUUUAGUUCAACUUAAAGGAGGGAAAGUACCAGUGUUCAGAACUGAACUAUAAUAGUUUGUAUAUUCAACAUUUGAAGUAUAUUAUAUUUUGUUGUACUCUUGUUUCAAAGUGUAUUCAAGUAGGUUUUACUGAAAUAUAGAAAUGAAAUUUAUUUUGUGCUUUGUUUGGUCUCUGGCGAUAUUUUUGAUGUUUAGAGGUAAUGGAAACAAAGUUAUUAUGGUUACUGUGGCAUUUGCCCUAUGAUGUAAAACUUUGUUAUAAAACUUUGCUCAGCAGAUAAUAGAAACUGGUUUAGAAAAGAGCUAAUUCUUUGCUAUCUGCAAUAGAAAUCCUUGGUUUUACCUAGAGAUUUUGCCUUCAUUUCUAUUAGUUAUCAAUUCAGCAGCUAUCAGCUCUGUGCUUUUGCCAUUCCAUUUCUUUAUGAUAAGUUUGAAUUCUAGUAUUUUAAAAAUGACAACAUAUCAUAUUAAAGGUGAGAUUGUUUAAAAAAAACAGAAAAUGUGUCUAGGUCCAAAUAUAUUUUAAAGUGAUUACAUGUGCUGAUUAGAGAUACUUUUUAAUCUUUCCUAAUUACACAUUUGUUCAAAAACUACUUCAUACUUUUAGAAUGAGUUAAACUAAAAAUCUACUGCCUUUAUGAUUUGUUGUCAUUUAAGUAAGGAUGGCAGUGAUGCGACUAUCAAACAGAUAUAAAGACACCUAGUUGUUGUAAUUCCAUUUUGGGAGUUAGAAGAGGGAAGGAAGAAUUCAGAGGUACAUAAGCUGUUCAUAGCAUUAUUUCUUUGUAUAAAUAUCUUACACACAUAUGUGGUGCUUUACAGUGUAUAGCAUGGUUUUUACAUAAAUUUGAUCUUCAUGAUAAUCAAGUGAGAUAGGCAGGAUUUAUCCACAGUUAGGCUUUGACAGUGGAUGUAACAGCAUCACAAUUGGAGUUUCUGAUUUCUAUUCCAGUGUUUUUUUUUUUUUUUAAAGAGUGAUAACAGAAGAGCAUAACUUCAGCAUUAAAAUGCCAUACUGGCAAAGGAAAUAAAGGAUUAAGUACUAGAUCUUCUCUGAGGCUGAAAUCCAGAUGUUCAUAUUGUCCUUCCUGUUUCUCUUGGGGGUUAAGUUUGGAUGAUCACUUUGCAAAGGAGGAUUUCAACAUGGAAAAAACCAGAUUUUAUAUAAAUAGAAGUACUUAUAUAUAGGAAUGUAUCUAAAGAAAAAGAGCUACAGAGAGGUAAAAAUAAUCACAAAAGAAGUGCUAAAGAUACUAAGCAGAACUGGUAUUUCUCUAGUUAUUAGUACUGGCUCUGUUUUCUUCUGUCUUCAACCUUGUCUCCAAUAGGUUACUUACUAUAGAGACGUAAAACAAGACUUAAAGAUCGGCAUCUCUAGGGGAGGACCUCCAGGCCAACGUUAAUCUCUGGUGAGAUAUUGAUUACUUGUUUCUAACCAUAUUAUUUAAAAAACAAUUCGGCAGAACCAUUAUCAUUACAGUACAAACAGCAUUCUACAAAUAGGAAUAGGAUUACAUUGAGGUGUAUUUCAUUCUAACUUGAAUCAAAGGAAUAGAAUUGAAAUAAAGACAGUUGCAUAUGGUAGAAAUAAAAUUUCUUAGUCACCAGCAGCUGCUUAACACAUGAAUAAAAUGCUUCUGAUUGUAUGCAUAUCAGUAUUUUAGUGCCUACAAUAUGCCCACCAUGGUGCAUAAAAGUAUAAGAAUACUUCUUGUCCUCAAGCAGUUUACUUUGGAGAUGUGGCUAACAACUGAAAUUGUGUGAGAUAGCUUAUGAGAUUAUGGAUGCCAUAGCAGUUUGGAGACAAGAAGAACUCUGAAGGCUGGAUGGAUAAAGACUUAAUAAAAGACAUGGGGCUCAAGCCUUGGAAGGUAAAAUUUACCUAGGUAAGAAGGGAGAUGAAGUCAGGGUUAAAUUAAAAAAAAAAAAAAUUAUUACUAAGUAUCUAUUGUGUAUAUAAACAGUUGCUCAGCUAGUAUUCAGUAAGAACAUUUGGAGAUAAGUAAAGUAAGGGGAUGUGACACGUGCUAUCAUAUGAAAUAAGACAAAGGCCUAAGAAACGAGCAAGCAAAAUCUUGUAUUAGGUCAAAAAGGGGAAAGGCCAUUGCCGAUUUCUCAAGACAGGCUCCUUAGAACAUAGGUAGAAAUUCCUUUGCAGGAAGCGGUAGCAGGCGAUACUCUAGGCAUUAGGGGCAUCCUAAGCUAGGCACAGAAGGUAGGAAACCAGUACUUCACAAAAGACAGUCAACAGAAAAGAUGGAAUCAGAGGCAGGAAUUAGCAUAAUGUGUUCAAAGCACUAGGAAAAAAACUCAGUGUGACUGCAGGAGAAUGAAGAUGUGGGGGAGUUAGGAAAGACACUUAGGAUGGUAAGGGUGAGCCCAGAUUGGUAAAUGCUUUAAAGUAGUGCCAAAAAACAUUGGAGAUGGGCCUAGAAUGAAAUCACUUAUAGAAGCCUUGUGACUUUAGGCAAAAAGUUUAGCCUCUCUGAAUUCUGUUUUCUCAGAAGGGUUGUAGAUUAAAUGUGACUACAUUAAAAGAAUUUUGUAACUAUAAAGCACUGUGUAUGUGUAAGUUUUAAUUUUUAUUUUAUUUAAUGAAUCAAUUGAUUAGGUAGGUGGGAAGAAAUGACUUUUCUGAGUAAUCAAUAAUGUGACAUGUUAUAAGAUCAAUCUAAUAAUGUCUUGUUCAGAUGAAAGGGGGGUGGUGGUAACAUUGAGAAAACAUAUUAAGUGAGUGGGGAGUAAUCCAACUAUGAUGUAAUGGCUAAAAUGGAAAAAAAAAAAAAAAAAAGUUAAAUGGAACCAAACUUUGUAACUGGUUAUGGGAGAGGGACAAGUAUGGAAAAUUAUUUUUAUUGUUUUAAGCUUCAAUUAUAGACAAGUUGUCAAUAGAAACUGAUUUUUAAAGAAAACACAUAUUUGGAUUUAGGCAUCUUGUGUUUGAGUUAAAAAAUGAGGCAUCAGAUUAGAAAUGCUUUGCAUUAGGUGGUUGACAUUUGGAACCAAAUAGUUUUUUAAGCCUGGACUACAGACAGGUUCUGUGGAAGUUUGUGUAAGGAGAAAACCUUGAGUCUUUGUGAAUAUUUAUAGUUUGGGGUAGAAGGAAGAGAACUAGCUUAUCAUUGGAAGUAAGGAGAACCAGACAGAGUAAAAUCUUCAAAGGAGGAUUGUCUCACAAAGAUCUAAAAAUCGAAUCCAAUUCAUAAGUAGAAAUCCCUGCUACACUUCCACUGGAAAAACUACUCACCACCUUUGAAAGGCAAAUUUUGCUUUUGAAUAGUUUUAAUUUCUCUUUAGGAUAUUCUCUCUGAGGGGAUGGCUUGCUCAACCUUUCUUAGUCUUGCUCUCCAGGGUCAAAGAGAAUAAGUCUAAGCCCCCAUAACAUUAUAAUCUUUUUGACACUUGAACCAGGUAUGUGUCUUCGCCAGGAAAACCAAAAAUAGUUCUCAACUGACAAUGGUUUCCAGUCUUUGUUGUUUUGAAUUUCACUUAAAUAAACUCCUCUUUGCCAAAGUCCCUAGAGUGCCACCCACCCACACCUGAAGACACUUUAGGUGUGGGAUGAGCGGGGCAACAGGAUUAUCACCUCCACUGCUCCAGUUAUGCUUCCUGGGGCUGUCAAUCACGAAAUACAAUGGCCUUUUCCCAGUUUCAACUCUUUUUGAACUGCAGUGGACCAUUUCACUUUCCAACUCUUCUCUUGGCUUCAGUCUCAACGCUACCAGCUCUCAUCCCACUCCUGGAUUGGUGACUCUCCAUACUACUGUGAACAGUCAUAAAGGUUCCACCUGAUCUCUUUAUACUUUUCCAUGACAGCUUCUUUCACGUCUGUGGUUUCACUCUAUAACUCCAAUUUGAAUGAUUCCAAGUCUCUAUCUCCACCCUAGAAUUCUUCCCUGACUUUUUUAAUAGCACAUUUCUGAUCAUCACAUCAACAAAAACAUUUUCACUUGAAUUUCCUCUUGACACCUCAAGCUUAAAAUAUACUAAAUAGAAUUUACCAAUAUAUUGCUCAGAUGCAGAAGAGGGGAUGGAGGAAAAUGAAGAUAAUUAAAUGGAGGGGAUGAAAAACAGAUUCUAAGAGAUUUUAUAUAUAGUGGAUUAUGAUAGUUAAAAUUUUUCCUUGAUAGCUAAAAAGAUUGCAUAAAUAUCCAGCCAUCAAAUAUUGAUAACUUGAUCUGGAGAAUUAUAAAUUGCAGCAGACAGUACAGAUUAUAUGCUGAAAUGGUCAUACUUUCAACUUUUCCUUUUUAUAUUAAAGCUACUAAAUUUAUAAUUUAUGCUGGAACCGCAGUAUUAUUAUUUACAGAGUAGCAUAUUUCUUUUAAGCCUGGACAAGUCAAUUAUAGAGUGUUCCUCAACUUUGAUAAGACUUAGCUCUGCCACUGACUUGCUGUCGGAUUUUCAAGUCACCUCACAACCCAGGAGUUCAUUUUUUUUUUUUAAGUGUGAAAUGAAGUUGUUGUACAAAUCAUUUCAUCCCAGUUUUCCUGAUCUAUAUUUCUGGGAUAAUAUAGCAUAAUGCAGAGAACUGAACUUCUCAAUACCAGAAUCAAAAUCCCACUUUUAAUAUUUAUUACCUAUUGAAUUUAGGUAAAGACCUUAUGUGUAUGCAACAACUCCCUUGGAUUUCUUUAGCAAGGCUGUGAUUGCCUGGGUGGAAAAAAGAGUAUUGCAUGCUAACAAAAAUGAAUGCUCCUUCACAUAUGGUUUUUAUGAAUUGUUUUUUCCUCUUUUGAGUAUAUUAACAUUAAAAGUAAAGCUUAUAUUAAAAUGUAUUGCUUGUACAGAAACUGGAGCCCUGUUCUGUGACCUACAAUGAUGGAUGCCAGGAAGAAUAUGCAGAAAAUAAUGUAAAAUUUAGCUCAUGCCCAAAGCAGAAUUGAAUAAUAAGUCUAAAGUCAAAUUUGGACCAGAUUGUAGCAUAGAGACAUGAUCUUUGGAGCUCAUUUUCUGUUAUCCAUUCUAGCAUCAUUAAUCAUUGUCAAAAGAUUUUUCUUAAAUGGUAGUCUUAAAUCCAUUUAAUCCAGAAGAUAGCUGUGAUUUAAUUUUUGUUAUAAACUGAUUUGGAGAGGGAAAAAAAUCAGAAUUCAGAGCUGGAAGGGAACUACCCAUAUCUAAGGAGAAAUAUUCCCCACAAUAUCCAUGACAAGUGGUUAUCUAGAUCUGGUUGAAGCCCUUCAGUUAUAGGGAAAUCAUGAUUUGUGGUAUAUUCCUUUAUUUUUAGGGCAGUUUAUAAAUUUGUGAAAUCUAAUUUGGUUCCAUAAACAUUUUUAUUAGAUGUCUCUUAUGUGCAAUGAAUUACUGCCAGUAAAUGAAUUGCAGCUGGUAAAGAGAAGUGAAAAGGAGACCAGGAGAUCAUUGUGAUAUAUACCUCAAAUAACAGAAGCAUAGACUUGAGGAGAAUGGGUAUUUAUCUAAUCCAAAAUAAAAUGACCAAUUAAAAAAAAGGCAUCAACUAUACACAAGAAUUUGUAGACACAUGAAUGUCAUUCCAAAGUAGUCAUAGGAAACUAUACUUAUUCCAUUACUAAAUUUUUGGGGAUUUAAAAAAUUAUUUUCUAGAAUUCUUGGAUUAAUAAUUGGGAAAAAACUAUUCUUCAUGAGUUGUGGAAUUGGUCAUGGAAUCCACAAGUAAUGUGGAAUAAUUUGAAAGGCUUGGGACACAUUCUUUUGAAUAUCUGGCAAAUUUUAACUUUUUAAAAACUCCAUUUUAUUUUCAGUUCUGAAUUCUUUCCCUCUAUCUUCUUUCUCCCUUACCAAUUAAGGGGAAAAAAAAAAAACCCCAAAAACCUCUUGUCUUAAAUAACUUGACAAUUUCCUCGCCCUCAAAGAAAAAAGGAUAAAGCC